UGUGCAGAAGUCCUUCUUGUUCUGGUCCUUGUUCCCGUCUGAGUACCAGCUCCCCAUUGCCCUGAGGGCCAGCGGGCCUGCGGCAGGGGGAAGGAGGAGAAGGAAAUUGUCCCGGAUUCUUGCAGGGGGGUCCAAGCCUCUCCUGGAUUGUCAGUUUUUCCAUAGGUUGCGGCACUACACCAGGAAAGAGAAGAAGAAGGAAAUUAACCCCAAUCAGUGAAGGUCGAUUUGAGGGUCUGCUGUAGCAGGUGGCACCACUUGAAGCAAGGGAGGAAGUUUCCUCUGAUCGGUAGAGAUUGCAAGGGUUAUUGGGCGUGGCACACCUCCAAGGGAGGGAAGAAGGGACAAACUGCCUGUCUGGAGGAGGUCCAUCUCCAGUAUCAGCUAUUGUGUCCUUGAAGUGGCUGAAGACAUCACCUUCCACAGCCUUGCACCCAGGCCCAUAGUGAAUCCUCUCCCAGCCUGAGUGAAUACUCUGUUCCUUGGUCCCUGCUAUUGUCAGGGACGAUUGCAUGGGCUACGCCAGGAAAGUAGGCUGGGUGACUGCAGGACUGGUGAUUGGGGCUGGAGCCUGCUAUUGUAUUUAUAGACUGACCCGGGGAAGAAAACAGAACAAGGAGAAAAUGGCUGAGAGUGGGUCUGGGGAUGUGGAUGAUGUUGGGGACUGUCCUGGGGCCAGGUACAAUGACUGGUCUGAUGAUGAUGAUGACAACAGUGAAAACAAGGGUAUAGUGUGGUACCCACCUUGGGCCCGGAUUGGGACUGAGGCUGGAACCAGAGCAAGGGCCAGAGCAAGGGCCAGAGCUACUCGGGCUCGUAGGGCUGUUCAGAAACGGGCUUCCCCCAAUUCAGAUGAUACUAUUUUGUCCCCUCAAGAGCUGCAGAAAGUUCUUUGCUUGGUUGAGAUGUCUGAAAAGCCUUAUAUUCUUGAAGCAGCUUUAAUUGCUCUAGGUAACAAUGCUGCUUAUGCAUUUAACAGAGAUAUUAUUCGUGAUCUGGGUGGUCUCCCAAUUGUUGCAAAAAUCCUCAAUACUCGAGAUCCCAUAGUUAAGGAAAAGGCUUUAAUUGUCCUGAAUAAUUUGAGUGUGAAUGCUGAAAAUCAGCGCAGGCUUAAGAUAUACAUGAAUCAAGUGUGUGAUGACACAAUCACUUCUCGCUUGAACUCAUCGGUGCAGCUGGCUGGACUAAGAUUGCUCACAAAUAUGACUGUUACUAAUGAGUAUCAGCAUAUGCUUGCUAAUUCCAUUUCAGACUUUUUUCGUUUAUUUUCAGCAGGAAAUGAAGAAACCAAAUUUCAGGUUUUGAAACUCCUUUUGAAUUUGGCUGAAAAUCCAGCCAUGACUAGAGAACUGCUCAGGGCCCAAGUACCGUCUUCACUUGGUUCCCUCUUUAAUAAGAAGGAGAACAAAGAGGUUAUUCUUAAACUUCUGGUCAUAUUUGAGAACAUAAAUGACAAUUUUAAAUGGGAAGAAAAUGAACCUGCUCAGAAUCAAUUCGGCGAAGGUUCACUUUUCUUUUUUUUAAAAGAAUUUCAAGCGUGUGCUGAUAAGAUUCUGGGGAUAGAAAGUCACCAUGAUUUUUUGGUGAAAGUAAAAGUUGGAAAAUUCAUGGCCAAACUGACUGAGCAUAUGUUCCCAAAGAGCCAAGAAUAAAUUUUGAUUUGUAUUUUUGAAGUAACACACAUUGUAAACUAUUCCACCUUGUUUAUAUGGUAAAGGAAUCCUUUCAGCUGCCAAUUUUGAGUGAUGAAUAUCAUUAUAUCGUCAAUGCUGAUGUUUAUCUGAGUUGGUCUUCAGGUCUAAGCUGGAUGAAUGAAUAUCACUACCUGUUCUGAAAACAUGUUUGUUGCUUUUUAUUUCGCUGCCUAGAUUGAAAUAUUAUUACUAUUUCUUUUGCAUAAGUGACAGUGAACUAGUUGGUCAUAAGUAAGCUCCCUGUCAUUUGCAUUAACUUUGUGUAUCAUCAAUAAAGUUGUGUAUUAAUGCUGAACAAAA